CAGCAAUGUCUGCUCGCGUGUGCCUCCCCCGGUCUUUCAUAAGUCGUAGCUGCAAACGCCAUCUUUCUCCAUCACCAUUCACCACUGAAUCAGCUAGACUGCUCUCUCAUCAGCUCAACGAUUUAGGCAUUUAGCCCUGCGGGCAGCAGUUGCGAGCAAAGGCCAAAGAACACGGAGAGGCUAAGGCUAUCCACACCCACACAGAUCGAUGGAAUGAUCAGUAACUUUUAUCGAUUCAGAGAUUUUGUUCGGGUCGAUUCCUCCUCCAUGCUGUUUGCAUUAGAGUCUAAUCAAGCUUACAGCCCAGAAGCGUCACAGACAUGGGGAACGCAGCAGUUGCAAUCAUAUCUUCAGUCUCGGCAACUGCGACGGUAGUAGUAAUGAUCGCCCUCAUCAGAAGGUGCCGCGUCGUGAGGAAGAAGAUAAAGAAGAAAAUCGUAAAGAAAGUCUUGGAGGAGAUCGAGCGGAAGAACCGCGUGGGGGCAGCCUGCGACGCCUUGGAAGACGUGGUGAUCGAGAUCGGUCCCGUGGAGAAGUUCCUCAACGAGAUCCUGAACGAGAAGCCGAUGCGUUUCAGCUCCGAGCAGCUGGCGGCCUGCACCAAGAACUACUCGUCGGAGCUGGGGUCCGGCGGCUACGGCGUGGUCUACAAGGGUGAGCUGCCCAACGGCCUGCUGGUGGCCGUGAAGGUGCUCAAGGUGUCCAUGAACAAGAAGGUGCAGGAGGCGUUCAUGGCGGAGAUCGGCACCAUCGGGCGGACGUACCACGUGCACCUCGUCCGCCUCUACGGCUUCUGCUUCGACGCGGACACCAAGGCGCUGGUGUACGAGUUCCUGGAGAAGGGGUCGCUCGAGAAGUACCUCUACUGUGACGAGGGCAGCACGGCCACGCGGCUGGAGUGGGCAACGCUGCACGGCAUCGCCGUCGGCACGGCGAAGGGGAUCAGGUACCUGCACGAGGAGUGCCAGCAGCGGAUCGUGCACUACGACAUCAAGCCGGCCAACAUCCUGCUCACGGCCGACUACACCCCGAAGGUGGCCGACUUCGGGCUGGCACGGCUGGGCGAGCGCGAGAACACGCACAUGUCACUGACCGGCGGCGGCCGUGGGACGCCCGGGUACGCGGCGCCGGAGCUGUGGAUGGCGCUGCCGGCUUCGGAGAAGUGCGACGUGUACAGCUUUGGAAUGGUGUUGUUCGAGAUCCUAGGGCGGCGCCGGAACUACGACCCCUGCCAGGGCGAGAGCAAGGAGUGGUUCCCGAGAUGGGUCUGGGAGAGGUACGCGCAGGGUGAGAUCGAGGACGUCGUGGCCUGCGACGGGAUCGUUGGAGACGCGGACAGAGAGAAGGCGGAGAUGAUGUGCAAGGUGGCGCUGUGGUGCGUGCAGUUCCAGCCGUCGGCGCGACCGACGAUGAGCAGCGUGGUGCGGAUGCUGGAGGGGGAGAUGGCCAUCGUCCCGCCCGUGAACCCCUUCCACUACGUCAUGGAAAGCAGCAGUGCCUCGACUAGCUCGGGGUUGUGGAGCGGCACAUACCAGAGCAGCAGAGACACCACUGCCAGAGAAAGUGAGCUGUCGGCUAGCCCAGCUGCCAAGUCGACUGACGCCAUGAUUGAAGAUGUUGAGCGGGCUUAUGCGUCAGUGUUGGCGAAACAGAGCUUGUAGUCUUGUACACAUUAAUUAUUGAGUAAAAUGCAUCCGCGACGGUGGGAUAAUUGACUUUCCAAAUUAGAAAAACAGAAAGACACGUCCUAAACUUGGGCGGGAUGGCAUGACUCCAAAGCAAAACUUCAAGGACGAGCUGGUUAAAGUCUGUCAAACACUCUCACUUCAGAGUUUUAAACUCCAUAAAGUUUUUAGAGUUCUAGUACAAAUUUUUGGGUACCUCUUUUGCUGCUCCCUAAACUCUAAAAAGCAAGCUAGAGAUAGAGUUUGGAGUUAUUUA